AUGCAGAUCUCGCUCACCGCGCUCGCGGCCCUUGUCCCCGCCUACCUCGCCGCGGUGGCCUCGGCGCAGGGUCCCUCGGGCAGCGGGCAGACGACGCGCUACUGGGACUGCUGCAAGCCGUCGUGCGCGUGGCCGGGCAAGGGCAGCAUGUCCAAGGGCCCGCUGCAGACGUGCUCCAAGUCGGACCAGCCGCUCAACGACGGCGGCAGCACCAAGAGCGGCUGCGACAACGGCGGCGGCGCCUUCAUGUGCUCGAACCAGAGCCCGUGGGCCGUCAACGAGACGGUCAGCUACGGCUGGGCGGCGGUCAACAUUGCGGGGAGCAAUGAGAAUAGCUGGUGCUGUGCUUGCUAUGAGCUUACUUUCACGAGCGGUCCCGUCAGCGGCAAGAAGCUGAUCGUGCAGGCGACCAACACGGGCGGCGACCUGGGCAACAACCACUUCGACCUGGCGAUCCCGGGCGGCGGCGUGGGCAUCUUCAACGCGUGCACGUCGCAGUACGGCGCGCCGAGCAACGGCUGGGGCGACCGCUACGGGGGCAUCCACUCCCGGUCCGACUGCGACAGCUUCCCGGCCGCGCUCAAGGCCGGCUGCUACUGGCGCUUCGACUGGUUCGGCGGCGCCGACAACCCGGGCGUCACCUUCCGCCAGGUCGCGUGCCCGGCCGCCAUCACGGCCAAGAGCGGAUGCGUGCGCAACAAUGACGUGAUCAAUGAGACGCCGACGGGGGAGAGCAGCACGCCGACUUGGACGCCGUCGGGUUAG